UACUAGGUGACCUUCAAUGACUUGCAGGUUCAGACUGUUAGAAAGUUAACAAUAAUAAAGAGUUGUGGUGAUUUAACACCAUAAGCACACAUGAAAACAGACAUUUGAUGCCAACUCACCACUGCAACGACAACAUGAAACCAUAAUGCCUGCGGUGGUGAAAAGGGCUGUAAUAUUAUUGUCAAACAUUUAAGACAGUGCGUUGAAUUUUAUUGUUUUAGGAAGACAAAGAUCACAAAGGUUUUUUUUAAAACCUAAAGAAAACUAAUUAAAUAAACACUCCCCGUUAUCAUGACUAAACAAACUAAAUACAUGAACUGAUCUUAGAGGACAAGACAGUGUCAUACUGUGGUUUAAUUUCUGUUUAUAUGUGGCGGACCUUCUUGGGACCUUAUUUUCCUCUGAGAACUGCUUGUAUAUUCAGUCAUGGAAAACAUAAAUAUUUCUGAGUUUCCCACGUAAAUAUGUGUAUAUUAAAUCUCUGAGUCAGGAAAAAACACGGUUUAAAAAACCACCAUUAUAGGUGAUGGUCUGUGACAUUCUGCCAUUUCUGGUCAGCAGGCUUUAUUUACAUUUUUUGCAGCAGUAUGUAGUUCACAGCGUGGCCGAACCCCCGAGGGCUCUCACGGUACACGUCAUUACGCAUUCCCGUCUGAGCCAAUGGGGAGCUGCGGAGGGCGUAAAGCGGUCUCGCGCCGGGUAAAAGGGAUUUGACAGUUGCAGGUCUCGAGCUGAUCCUCCAGCAGACUUCCUCAGUGGGACAGAGACCAUGGCGGCGGCGGCGGCUGCCUGCGGCCAGCACGGCGCUGCGAUAACGGCCGUUAGCGGCAAAAAACCGCACACGAACAAGGAACACAGUCGGAGGAACCGGGAGAACUCUCGCCGGAGACAAGCAGCUCUUUUGUUUCUCAGUAACAUCUCCCUGGACGGGCGGCCAGUUCUGAGUUACCCGGCCGAGAAUGUAGGAAGUCGCCACCACCACAGAGACACCGACUUGGAGGGAGCCGACUCCGGCUCUGCGGUGGCGGCCGGCUUGUGCCCGGAGCUGGGCAACAACAGCAGAUACGGGACGUUCACCAGUUUGGCGGUGUCUCCGAGCUGCGGGAACGUCAAUCCCGCACAAGCACCGAGGACAGGACUCCUCACAGUACCGCCCAUCCUCGUCCUGCCGUCGGACACGGGCUUCAACGAUGUGGGGAGCGCGGAGGUGCUGCUGGAGUGCCGCAGAGGCUCGUUCCCCUCGCCGGGGAACAGUAACCUGCUGUCGCCGUCCCCGUCCAACAACAGCCUGCUACCGUCUCCGCUGGGACCGCGGAAGUCUUCCACGCUGCUGUCAGUCCAGAGCUGCAACUCGGUGUCCUCGGAGCCGCGACAGAGGUCUCGAAACCUCUCUGGUGGUUCUCCCAGACCUCGACACACCAAGAAGAUCCACUUCAUCAAAAACAUGAAACAAUACGACACAAGAGGCAGCAGGAUCGUGCUGAUCUGUGCCAAGAGAUCUCUGUGUGCUGCCUUCUCUGUCCUGCCCUACGGAGAAAGCAUCUACCUCAGUGACCCCACAUUAAACCACCCGAGGAGGAGACACUCGUCUGGAAACAUCUCCACCACCCUGGAGAUGCUGCCGGGGCUGGAGGGCUUUCAGCUGGAGGCCUACGGCAGGUCAGUGUCGUACGCCCAGUUCCUGUACCCCACCAACGCCCUGGUGAGGCACAAGCCGGCGUCCACCAGCGACCUGAUGCUGCAGAUUCCCGUGUCCAGGAGCACACACAGCAUGCCGGGCCGGAGCUGCCCACCCAGCAGACUGAACAGCACUGUGGGACUGGACCUAGGUCUUGAGGACGUGACAGAAUACGACCCCAACCUCCUCAGUGACCCCCAGUGGCCUUGUGGGAAACACAAGCGGGUGCUGGUCUUUGCCUCCUACAUGACGACGGUAAUAGAAUACGUCAAACCAUCCGAUCUGAAGAAAGACAUGAACGAGACGUUUAAGGAGAAGUUCCCUCACAUCAAACUCACUCUCAGCAAGAUACGCAGUCUGAAGAGAGAGAUGAAAGGUGUCGGGGAGGAUUGCGGCAUGCAGCCCGUCACCAUCGCGAUGGCCUUCGUCUACUUUGAGAAGUUGGUGCUGCAGGGUCGACUCAAUAAACAGAACCGGAAGUUGGUGUCAGCAGCCUGCAUCCUCCUGGCGGCUAAGAUCAGCAGUGACCUCAAGAAGCAGGAGGUCAAACAUCUCAUUGAUAAGCUGGAGGAGCGUUUCAGGAUCAGCAGGAGGGAGCUGAUAUCCUUCGAGUUCACCAUCCUUGUCGCCCUGGAGAUGGCGCUCUACCUCCCCGAGAGUAAAGUCAUGCCGCAUUACAGGCGGCUGGUCCAGCAGCAGCAGUUAUAGCGGUGAUGACGCGCUUCCGUCCAGCAGCGUCCAGCUCCACGCUGAGGACUCGCCCUCAUCUCAGACACCAAAGCUCUUCCACACUGUGACGGAGGCACGACAGCAGCGAGGAGCCGAGAGAGACGCCGCCUUCUCUUCCUGCCUCCAACGCCAAAGUGACGACACACUGUGAUUGAUGGUUCGGCCGGUGCCUGGCUCAGCGGCACCACGAGAAUCACUGGAGGUCAAAUCCAUCACAACCCCACAAAACCACGUCUUUGUUUUUCAUCCGUUUGUCCUUCCGUCAGUUUUAGAAAAGGUUUCCAUCACCAGCUCCUCACAGAGUUUAGUCCUGAAGGUUUGUGGACAGUCUUCGAUAAUUCUUCGAUAAAAUUUGAGUGUUUGAGUCCUUGCUUCUGAAAUCUCUGCAAAGGUUUCCCUUCAGGUUUCACCAUAACACCCGUUUGUUUAAAGGACAGCUUCACCAUUUUUUCAAAUCUGUGUUUAAACAGUAGUCAGGUGCUCAUAGAAACAUAAAGCAAUAUUCUUAUUUUACAUUAAAUACACACUAACAAGGACCGUGACACUGCAAGAUAUUCACUUGAUUUGUUGGACUCAGACUGCUGAAGCCUCCUGUUGGCUUCAGAUGAACAUUUCAGAAUAAAUGUUGAACCUUUAUAACAUCUUAACAGCCAGGAUGAACAUGAGGAAUCAUCACAGCGAGCAAAGACAGUUCCAGUGGCCAUACGCACAUCUGACUGUGUCCACAGAUCCAACAUGACUGACGCAUGUUGAAUCAACAUGAGAUAUUCAGUUCUCAGCAGUGAUAAAUCACAUCCUGUCACAGUCGUUGGUGUUAAACCUGCAGGGAAAUCGUUAAAUGCGACAUGUUUGCAGUGUGAGCGGCCGGGCGGCUCAACUCGUCGACACGUCUGAUCGUGCGAGUUGGUUUUGGGUUUGUGCUUAAAAAGUUCACAGAAAUAGAGAAAUUCAAAUUGAAGAGCUGUUUUUCCAAACUGAGUUGAAACACUUCGUUCUCUCUGAACCGUCUCAAAGCGUCGACACUUCUUCUUCACUGCUCUGAUCGUAGAUCAGUUUCACCUGCGUCACAGUAACACACCUGGAGCUCCACUGGAGGACUUUAGAUGUUUAAGUGCCUUGCCCAAGGGCACGUGAACUGUAGAUGAUCCUUAUCUGUCCGUCCUUUGAUCCAGGGAUUCAAACCAGCAACUUUAUGCUCACCCCUCCUCUCAUGUCGUCGUCCCUCCGUCUUGCUGGUUUGGUUUCAGUCUGGAGGUCACACAGAAGCAACGUGUCCGUUAUCUCCUGCGUUUAAAGACUGAAGAACGUCAGAACGACGAGAAGUUUCAACAUUUCUUCAUAUGAAACCUGAAAUUUAGCGUCUUCAUCCCAACGUCAGGAGACGCACAGCCUGACGUUAAUGUCACCAAGAGGUGGGAAUCAUUACAUUAAUUAUAUCUUUUCUGAUGAUUAGUCUGUUGUCUUUGUGUUUUAUGCAAAGGUUUACUGUCUUCUGUGAUGUUCGAGUAGUCGGACGAACCGUGAUGUUCGGCUUUGACAAACUGUGAGAGGUAAACUGACUUUUUCCCAACAUGUUAUAGACCAAAUGAUUAAUCAGUGAAUUGGAACAAAAGAAUAAUCGUUAGCUUCAGCCGUAAUUAACAGUCAUCACUUCAAUCUUUGUCCAUGAUUUCAUGCUGCAGAACUGAUUUUUAUUUAUUCUCACACAACACAGCUCACAUACGGUACUGUUUUAUGUUCGGAGCGGGCCGGUGUCGACACCGACGUCUCUCAACGUGGACGCAAAGACAGUAUUCAUGUUCCUCCGUAGCUGCGUACGUGUUCGUUCUGUCUGAACUGUGAAGGAACAUCAGCUACCAGAAACACCUUCCUGCUCAUGAACUGGCUUAGAAAAACUGUUUCACUCAGAUAUUAUUUAUUCUGUUUUCACUUUAUCAUAAAGGGACAAAUAUUUAACCAGACAGGCUCCGGCAGGACGUUUGUGCAGGAAAAACAUUUUAUCUGCUUGACGCAAAAAUAAAGCAGAUAUUUUGUUUUAAAUCAGAAGUGGUAACCGUCGGUUACAGGCGGCUGCACAAACGCUCCCUGUAGCUCUGUUGUUUUUGCACUUUGCCUUUUCGCUUCACAAUCCUGAAUCUUUAUUUUACACCAAGUAACGAGGGUAAUGAUAUUUUUCUACAUUAACUGUGUGAAGUGUUAUUGUGUCAUUGUACUUUUAAAAACUGACCGUCACUGAAAUGUAUUUAUUGCUAAUAAUCCUCCAGAUGAAGAGUCAUGAACCUGCAGGUGAUGCACAGCAUCUUCACGCCAGAUGUUGUAGUUUAGAAAACAUUUCAGCUGAUGCGUCAGAUCAAAAAUAUGAUUCUAAAUCUGGAGUUUGUACAUCUCUGUUCUUCCACUGAUGUUAUUUUCCUCGUGUGUUAAAGGGACUUUGUUGUGUUUUGGAGUUCGGGUUCAUCUGCACUUGAAUGUCGGAGCAGGAGAGCGACUGUAGAGACUGAAGUGAAUCAUCUGUUGGUUAUUUCACACAGAACUGAUCAGGAAUUUCUCUCGUUCUCUCUCUGCAUCAACACCUGCUGAGCUAAAUUUAGCAAAUCCAGUUGAGUUUAUUCUUAAAGCUUAAAUAAUUGUUUUAAAAAAAAAGAAGGGAAGAGUAAUAAGUUCAGUGAUUUAUCAAACCAGCUGGACGUCCUGAGAGGCAAAUGAGAAAAGACAUUCUUCUGAUCCUUUUAAUUUUUUUUUUUUUUUUUUUUGGAAAACAGAUGAAAGUCAUUUUGUUUUCCAUGUGACAGAAACAUUCCCUCUUUUUUCUGAUGGUCCACUUUCUGUUUCAUUUAAAAAGUUGUUGUAAAAGAUUUUGGCAGGAAAAGUUCCUACCAUGAAAACAUCAGAAACAGUUUUCUCCUGGGAAAAAGUUUUUGAAAAUGAGGGUUUUUUUUUUUUUUUUUAAUGAGUAAACCGAAUCAUUUUUUAUGCCCAGUAGCCAAAAAAUAAUUAAAUUAUUUUUUGUAGAAGAUUUUGCUGAAAGAAAUGUUUUCUUCACUCAGAAGAAAAAUGAGUCUGGGAAAAAAAAAAAUGUUUUCAUGGUUGAAAAAAAAAAAGCUUCUGUUUUGUUUGUCUCUCUCCUGCUCUGACGAAGAACGUGAUGAACUCUCACUUCACUAUUUGCACUGAGACACUUCAGAGCAGAGUCGCAUAUUUCAAUUCUUAUACUUGUGAAAUCUGGAAAGAUUAUUUUGGCAAUAAUGAUUUGAAAAAGCAGCAAAGCUUCCUGUGUUGAAGCUGAUGAAAUACGAUCGACGUUAAAGAAGCACAACACCAGACGACGUGAUGAAUCUACGACUCUGCUCGAGAGUAGAAACGACACACGAUCUUCCAAAGUCGUCUUCUCUACAUUAGAGAUUUCAUAUAUUGAUUCUAUGCAGCUUUUAUUCCGUCACCUUCAUCCUCCUCCUCGUCUUCCUCCUCAGUGUGUUUACCUGUAAUGUGCCACAGCAUUUAUUUUAACCCGACACUCCGUUAUUUAAACCUCACAUGUUGUUUUUCAGUUUGUUGUUUUGUAUCAUUUUAUUUGAGCACUGUACAGCCGUAAAAAAGGGAAAUAUUUACCAGUGUUUGUCUUCCAUUUAUAAUUAUGGUUUUUACAUUUUAAGUUAUAUUUCUAGUUAAGUUAAUUUUAGGUUUUUGAAUUGUGUUUUUGUGUUUUUCUUAACGGACAACAUGGACGAGCCACACAGCAGUUUGUUUUUUUGGCAGCGUUGCCGUCGAGGCUUCACGAGAAAUGAACGUGUGGAAAUAUUAUUUAUGUUUCGGGCUCAGCUGUCGAUGCCACUUUGUUCACAGCUCGUGUCGUGACGCCGAAGAUGAAAUCUGAGGUUUCAGGACGUUAACUUGUGACGAAAGUGGGUCAUAUUUUUGUAGAGAGAAGUUCAUCAGCAGUGUCUUGUAUUAACUCCACUGUGCACAGCUGCUGUUUACAGUGAUGUUGGUGAUGCUGCAGGACACAACUGGAGCAGAGCAGCGGCUGAAAAGUAUUUAUAACAAUAUUUUGUAAAAGAUAAAAGACCAUAAACUGUUUAAACUGCCAAUGUUCAAUUCAUGUUGGGUUUAUUUUCAUUAAAAAUAUGUGAAUUACA